AUGGUACUACUUUCUCGUUCUGCCCCCUUACUGACCCGCUCCCUCGGUGCCACCGCCGCCGCCGCCGCCACACGCGCCCGCUGUUCCUCGCGAGCGUUGCACGGCUUGUCGGCCGCCCGGGCAACAUCGUUGGCAUCGUCGCGCUUUGGUGUCGCGGCGGCGUCGCAGCAGCCGGCACUUCUGCACCGAGGGGGCACGAUGCUGGUGGGAAAAACCUCGACUAGAAUGCUGACAACCGGGCGUGAAAAGGUCAAAGUCCUGUUGGUCCUCUACGACGGCAAACAACAUGCCAUAGAUGUUCCCGAACUCCUGGGCACUACCGAGAACGAGCUCGGCAUCCGCAAGUGGCUUGAGGAUCAGGGCCACACCCUGGUGACCACCUCCGACAAGGAUGGUGAGAACUGCGAGUUCGACAAGGAGCUCGUUGAUGCCGAAAUCAUCAUCACCACCCCCUUCCAUCCCGGCUACCUGACCGCCGAGCGCCUCGCCAAGGCCAAGAAGCUUAAGCUUGCCAUCACUGCCGGUAUCGGUUCCGACCACAUCGACCUCAAUGCCGCCAACAAGACCAACGGCGGCAUCACCGUUGCCGAGGUGACGGGCUCCAACGUCGUCUCGGUCGCUGAGCACGUCAUCAUGACCAUCCUGGUGCUGGUCCGCAACUUCGUCCCGGCGCACGAGAUGAUCCAGCGUGGAGACUGGAACGUCGCCGAGGCGGCCAAGAACGAGUUCGACCUCGAGGGCAAGGUCGUCGGCACCGUUGCCGUCGGCCGCAUCGGCGAGCGCGUCCUGCGCCGCCUCAAGGCCUUCGACUGCAAGGAGCUCCUCUACUACGACUACCAGCCCCUGUCGGCCGAGAAGGAGAAGGAGAUUGGCUGCCGCCGCGUCCUCGACCUCGAGGAGAUGCUCGCCCAGUGCGACGUCGUCACCAUCAACUGCCCCCUGCACGAGAAGACCCGGGGUCUGUUCAACAAGGAGCUGAUCUCCAAGAUGAAGCCUGGCUCGUGGCUCGUCAACACCGCCCGCGGCGCCAUCGUCGUCAAGGAGGACGUCGCCGAGGCCCUCAAGACCGGCCACCUCCGCGGCUACGGCGGCGACGUGUGGUUCCCCCAGCCGGCCCCCAAGGACCACGUGCUCCGGUACGCCAAGAACCCCUUCGGCGGCGGAAACGCCAUGGUGCCCCACAUGUCGGGCACGUCGCUCGACGCCCAGAAGCGCUACGCCGACGGCACCAAGAGCAUCCUCCAGAGCUACCUGUCGGGCAAGCUCGACUACAGGCCCGAGGACCUGAUCGUCCACCAGGGCGACUACGCCACCCGGGCGUACGGCGAGCGGAACAAGAAAUAG